GGGGCCGCCCGGCGCUCGCCACUUCCGGCGCGUUGGGGCUGUUGGUCGGGGGCGGCCGCGCGGUACUAGCGGGCGGCUCCAGGGCGGGCUCGCGCAGGGAUGCUCUAGGGGGCGGCGGCAGCGGCCGUGUGGGUUGAGGCUGCGAGGACAGCGCGGGCCCCCGGGCCUCUCCCCUGAGCCGGCCGCCUGGGCCGCGCGGUCGAGGCCUGUCAGCCUCCGCCCGUUCAGCCUCGGGGCCGGGGCCGCCGCCACCUCUGCCCGCGGAGGCCGGGGAGCCCCUGCCUGGGCCCGCAGCCUCCCCCGCGGGGGUCGGGCCCGGGCGGGGGUCCCGAGCAGCUGCCCUCCUCGCCGGCAUCCGAGCCUCAUUUCCUGCUUUUUCAGUUUCCUUGGGGAGGGGCGGGUGGGUCUGGAUGACUUGUCUCGGGGGCCCCCGAUGAGGCGACCCGGGCGGCCCUGCCCUUUUUAGAGGGUCCCCUCGGGGCCCGGUGGGGAAGGGGUUGUCUUUGCAUGGGUGGGGGACUUCCCGAGUCUGCCGGGACCAUGACCUGAACUGUGCGAGCGGGACGUGUCCGAAGCCCAAGAACCAGCUCAUCUGAGCCGCCCCCUCCCCGGCCAGCAUGGCAUCUGAAGAAGCCUCUCUCAGGGCAUUGGAAAGUCUGAUGACAGAAUUUUUUCACGAUUGUACAACCAAUGAAAGAAAACGUGAGAUAGAGGAGCUUCUUAAUAACUUUGCCCAGCAAAUAGGAGCCUGGAGAUUCUGCCUGUACUUUCUCUCCAGCACUAGGAAUGACUAUGUAAUGAUGUACAGUUUAACAGUUUUUGAGAAUCUGAUCAAUAAAAUGUGGCUUGGGGUCCCAUCUCAGGAUAAGAUGGAAAUCCGUAGCUGCCUGCCCAAACUCCUUUUGGCUCACCAUAAAACCUUACCUUACUUUAUCCGGAACAAGCUCUGCAAAGUUAUUGUUGAUAUUGGACGUCAGGAUUGGCCCAUGUUCUACCACGACUUUUUUACUAACAUUUUACAGUUGAUCCAGUCCCCUGUGACAACCCCCCUUGGGCUGAUCAUGUUGAAGACAACUUCAGAAGAGCUGGCUUGUCCCCGUGAGGACCUCAGUGUGGCUCGGAAGGAGGAGUUGCGGAAGCUGCUACUGGACCAGGUGCAGACAGUGCUUGGGCUACUGACAGGUAUCUUGGAGACUGUCUGGGACAAACACAGUGUUACUGCUGCCACUCCACCACCAUCCCCGACCUCAGGAGAAAGUGGUGACUUACUGAGUAACCUGUUGCAGAGUCCCAGUUCAGCCAAACUGUUGAAUCAGCCAAUUCCCAUCCUUGAUGUGGAGAGUGAGUAUAUCUGUUCCCUGGCUUUGGAGUGCCUGGCCCAUCUCUUCAGUUGGAUUCCUCUGUCUGCCAGCAUCACCCCAUCCCUCCUUACCACCAUCUUCCACUUUGCACGAUUUGGCUGUGACAUCCGGGCCAGAAAGAUGGCGUCAGUUAAUGGCAGCAGCCAGAACUGUGUCUCGGGUCAGGAGCGCGGCCGGCUGGGGGUCCUGGCUAUGUCCUGCAUCAAUGAACUCAUGUCCAAGAACUGUGUGCCUAUGGAAUUUGAGGAGUAUUUACUGCGUAUGUUCCAGCAGACUUUCUACCUCCUGCAGAAAAUCACCAAGGAUAACAAUGCCCACACAGUGAAGAGCAGGCUAGAAGAGCUCGAUGAGAGCUAUAUCGAGAAGUUUACUGACUUUCUUCGGCUCUUUGUGAGUGUUCACCUAAGAAGAAUCGAGUCUUACUCCCAGUUCCCUGUGGUGGAGUUUUUGACACUUUUGUUCAAGUACACAUUUCAUCAGCCUACUCAUGAAGGUUACUUCUCUUGUUUGGAUAUCUGGACGCUGUUUUUGGACUAUCUGACAAGUAAAAUUAAAAGUCGUCUUGGAGACAAGGAAGCAGUUCUCAACAGGUACGAAGAUGCCCUGGUGCUCCUGCUCACAGAGGUGUUGAAUCGAAUCCAGUUCAGAUACAACCAAGCCCAGCUGGAGGAGUUGGAUGAUGAGACUCUGGAUGACGAUCAGCAGACGGAGUGGCAGCGGUACUUACGGCAGAGCUUGGAGGUGGUGGCCAAAGUGAUGGAGCUCCUGCCCACGCACGCCUUCUCCACACUGUUCCCUGUUCUUCAGGACAAUUUAGAAGUUUAUUUGGGAUUACAACAGUUUAUAGUCACUUCAGGGUCAGGACACAGGUUGAACAUCACGGCGGAGAACGACUGCCGGCGGCUGCACUGCUCCCUGAGAGACUUGAGCUCCCUGCUGCAGGCCGUGGGCCGCCUGGCCGAGUACUUUAUCGGGGAUGUGUUUGCUGCACGGUUCAAUGAUGCCCUCACAGUCGUGGAAAGGUUGGUCAAAGUCACUCUGUACGGAUCUCAGAUAAAAUUGUACAACAUUGAAACUGCUGUGCCAUCAGUAUUGAAACCUGACCUCAUUGAUGUGCAUGCUCAGUCCCUGGCUGCGCUGCAGGCUUACUCUCACUGGUUAGCACAGUAUUGCAGUGAAGUUCACCGGCAGAACACGCAGCAGUUCGUGACACUCAUCUCUACUACCAUGGAUGCAAUCACACCUCUAAUCAGCACCAAGGUCCAAGACAAGCUGCUGCUAUCUGCGUGCCACUUACUGGUCUCACUGGCCACCACCGUGCGGCCCGUCUUUCUGAUCAGCAUCCCUGCAGUGCAGAAAGUAUUCAACAGAAUCACUGAUGCCUCUGCCCUGCGACUUGUCGAUAAGGCCCAGGUGUUGGUGUGCCGAGCCCUCUCUAACAUCUUGCUGCUUCCGUGGCCAAACCUUCCAGAGAAUGAGCAGCAGUGGCCCGUGCGCUCCAUCAACCACGCCAGCCUCAUCUCUGCACUCUCCCGGGACUAUCGCAACCUGAAGCCCAGUGCUGUUGCCCCACAGAGAAAGAUGCCACUGGAUGACACCAAACUGAUUAUCCACCAGACACUCAGCGUCUUAGAAGAUAUCGUGGAGAAUAUCUCGGGGGAGUCCACCAAGUCUCGACAGAUUUGCUACCAGUCGCUGCAGGAAUCUGUUCAGGUCUCCCUGGCCCUCUUUCCAGCUUUUAUCCAUCAGUCAGAUGUGACUGAUGAGAUGCUGAGCUUCUUCCUCACUCUGUUUCGAGGCCUUAGAGUACAGAUGGGUGUGCCUUUCACUGAGCAAAUCAUACAGACUUUCCUCAACAUGUUUACCAGAGAGCAGUUAGCCGAGAGCAUCCUCCACGAGGGCAGCACAGGCUGCCGGGUGGUGGAGAAGUUUCUGAAGAUCCUGCAGGUGGUGGUCCAGGAGCCAGGCCAGGUGUUCAAGCCCUUCCUCCCCAGCAUCAUCGCCCUGUGCAUGGAGCAAGUGUAUCCCAUCAUUGCCGAGCGUCCCUCCCCUGAUGUGAAGGCCGAGCUGUUUGAGCUCCUUUUCCGGACACUCCAUCAUAACUGGAGGUACUUCUUCAAGUCCACCGUGCUGGCCAGUGUCCAGAGGGGGAUCACUGAGGAGCAGAUGGAGAAUGAGCCCCAGUUCAGUGCCAUCAUGCAGGCUUUCGGACAGUCCUUUCUCCAGCCCGACAUCCACCUUUUUAAACAAAAUCUCUUCUACUUGGAGACGCUCAACACCAAGCAGAAGCUGUACCACAAGAAGAUCUUCCGGACUGCCAUGCUGUUCCAGUUUGUGAACGUGCUGCUCCAGGUCCUGGUCCACAAGUCCCAUGAUCUUCUGCAGGAGGAGAUUGGCAUCGCCAUCUACAACAUGGCCUCAGUCGACUUUGAUGGCUUCUUUGCCGCCUUCCUCCCAGAGUUCCUGACCAGCUGUGAUGGUGUGGAUGCCAACCAGAAAAGUGUGCUGGGGCGGAAUUUCAAGAUGGAUCGGCGCCUGGCACAGAGCCUCUGUGACACACAGUGCAACAGUGAAUAGAAGUUUUGAGUUUUAGAAAGUGCUCCCCUAUCUUCAGUGCACACUCUGGGAUGGAAGUAGCUGUUGGGGUCUGGUGGGUGGGUGACCUGGUGUGUUGUCGGCUGCAGCUAUGCCCCUGCCUUCCAGGACCUGCCCUCAUUCACCCAGAAUGUGCACAGGCUGGUCAACGACCUGCGCUACUACAGACUCUGCAACGACAGCCUGCCCCCUGGCACUGUGAAGCUCUAGGCCUGCUACUGCCUGGGGACACGGACUUCUGCUGCUGCCACCUGCGCCAGCCCUACCUUCCACCACAGAUGUCUCCCAGACGGGCCUCGGUCACACUCCUUGGCUUCUCCCACCGCAAGCAACGCUGCCUGCCUCUGCCGCUCCUCCACAUCUUGCCGCUGCCCAGCAGAGCUGGCUUCUGGGUCCACCUGAGCACUGGACGGUGCUCCCAGGGCGUUGGAGCAGGCGGAGGGGUGUGUGGCCAGGUACUAGGAGGCACCAGGAAAUCCCGCGGGGUGGCCCAUGCAGACCAGGCGCAUGUGGCUCAUGGGGCAGAAUUGCCAAGGACAGCUCACGACAGUGCCACCUUCUCACCAUUCCAGCCAAGGAGAGAUGUGACGUCGGAACUGCUCUGGCACUUCUGUCAAGCCUCCCCCGCCCCAAUUGCCUUGAGAUCUCUGCUCUUUGUCAGAGAUUUGCAAAGACUCAUGUUUUUGUUGUUUUCUCAUCAUUCCAUUGUGAUACUAAGAAACUAAGAAGCUUAAUGAAAAGAAAUAAAAUGCCUAUGUUGUUGUUCUAGAAA